CAGCUCGGUCACAUUUGAUGAAAACAAGCCAGUCCAGACCACAGAAAAACCUAAACCCUCGUGGGUAGAAGGGUUUUUCUUUGAAAUCAAAGCCUUCCUUUACGGCUUCACCGCAAGUAUCUUCAUCACUUCCAUGUCUCAAGCAUUCCCUGUUUCCAAAUCUUCCGAUAAUAGUUUGCUGUUUAGAGUGAGACCCAUGUGAGAUCCAGCUCUGCCACUUCUGGCACACAGAAAUUUCAAGAAAAAAAGAAUCCUACGAUUAUGGAAGCGCGAGUUGGUGUCGUUGUUGAAGGUGGACAAAGAGCUUUGAAUACUGCCCAUGGAAGCGUCGCCGAUGGGGGUGCCACAAAAUAUUUGCGCCCGAGCAGCCAUACAAAACAGACGCUAAAUCAGCAACCCCAGAUAGGAACGGCGCAGCAACUUCUUGCGGGCGGUGUAGCCGGUGCUUUUAGCAAGACCUGUACUGCGCCGCUAGCACGCCUUACUAUUCUCUUUCAGGUGCAAGGCAUGCAUUCAGAGGUGGCUGCAUUGACCAAGCCUAACAUAUGGAAGGAGGCUUCACGCAUUGUCAGUGAAGAAGGAUUUAGAGCAUUUUGGAAAGGCAAUUUGGUGACCAUUGCUCACCGUCUUCCUUAUUCUGCAGUCAGCUUCUAUGCUUAUGAACGCUACAAGAAUGGAAUAUAUUCACUUAUGGGGCAAGACCAUAGAAGCUAUGCAGGUUCAGAACCGUUUGUGCACUUUUUAGGAGGUGGCUUGGCAGGCAUAACUUCUGCCUCUGCCACUUAUCCUUUGGAUCUUGUGAGAACACGACUUGCAGCACAGAGAAGUGCCAUGUACUACAGGGGUAUCUCACAUGCUUUUGGUACCAUCUGUAGAGAGGAAGGUUUUCUAGGUCUGUACAAAGGACUUGGAGCGACAUUGAUGGGUGUUGGGCCUAGCAUAGCUAUAAGUUUUUCUGUUUAUGAGACUUUGCGUUCCUUUUGGCAGUCCCACAGGCCCAAUGAUUCAACUGUCAUGGUCAGUCUUGCUUGUGGCAGUUUGUCUGGCAUUGCAUCAUCAACAGCAACUUUUCCUUUGGAUCUGGUCAGGCGCAGGAUGCAGUUAGAGGGGGCUGCUGGUCGAGCCCGUGUCUAUAAGACAGGUUUGUUUGGGACGUUUGGGUACAUAUUUCGGACUGAAGGUCUACGGGGUUUGUACAGAGGCAUUCUGCCCGAGUACUACAAGGUUGUUCCCAGUGUUGGCAUUGUCUUUAUGACAUAUGAGACGAUGAAGAUGCUUCUAUCAGGCAUUCCACAAUCUUAGUGUAACUUUCCAUAAUUUAUUGUGCUCUUCUGAUAUUUAAAGACUUGACAGGGGCUUAGAGGUAAAGUUCAUAGAAGGAAAGAAAGUAGGUGGGAUCUAUACGGAAAUUUUGUGGUGGUGAAUUUUGCUGUCACUGCCAUGGACACAUGUCUGGGUGUAUAGGUAGUUAUUUCUGAGCAACAAUUGUACUCUAUUCGAAUUUUAGGUUGAAACCUUUUCUUAGUAGUAGUUGAUCAUAUCACCAAGGCAAUUUUGUUGGAGAGCCAUCGUGUCACGUGCCUUUGCAGCUGUCAAUUACUCAACUUGUUGAAUUUGGAGUUAUACACGUGCAGUAACUUUUUUCAAGAUGUGAAGCACAGUGCAUGGGGAUUUUGCUAAAUUAGUGACAGAAUGGGUUUGUAUAAUGAAGGUAGAUCUUUUCUUCUGAAUACAUUAGCUGAUGUAAUAGUUAAUGAGAUGUUCAUGGCAGAUCAGGUUUUUGAAA